AUGGAGUUUUUAGCAAGAAAUUCAUUUGAAGAAUUAACUAGUAAAACAGUGCAGUUAUGUGGACUUUUUACAGACAACGAAUUUCUUUAUUUAGCAGCAAGUCCUGAUGGUCUUGUUGGGGAAGACGGUAUUUUGGAAAUUAAAUGUCCAUUCGUGGCUAAAGAUACAUUGAGCGCCACUGAAGCAGUGCAAAAUAAACUUUUGGAUUAUUGUAGUAUUAAUGACAAAACUGGUAACAUUGAAUUAAAAAAAAAUCAUAAUUACUAUUACCAAGUCAUAGGUCAAUUACGUAUAACACAACGAAAAAUUUGCUAUUUUGUAAUUCACACUACAAAUUGGACUAAUAUUCAAGAAAUAAAAUAUGAAGAAGAGUUUUGGAUUAAUAAUAUGGUAGAAAAACUUAAACUAUUUUAUUUAGAGUGUAUGUUGCCGGAAAUUGUUAAUCCACUUUUCAAAUUAAGACUUCUCGUAACCGAUAUCAGAGAGCCAAUACACAUAAUACAUGCCCAAAAAAAUAUGAAGUCAAUGGUUAAAAAAAAGAAAUGA